AGAAGCAUCAGGGGCUCGCGGCGGCGCCUUCCACAUUCAGCAGCCACGCGGGGCGCGGGGCGCGCCCCCCGGAAGCGUAGCCGCGUGGCGUGGCGUGGCGUGGCGUGGACCGAUGGGGUACCUGCCGUCCCUUGGCAGCAAGGCGGCGCACUUCGUGUCCGACCUCACCACCGUCAUCCUCAACCCCGUCUCCGAGCGCGAGACUUCACACCUCCCCGAGGUAGACGAAGUGCAAGAAAGUUCAGAGAAUGAUGAAGACUCUGAACACAAUUCUGACAUUCUUGAUGGCCCUGACACAUCUUCCUUCAGAGCAUUCUUGAUCUCAUUUUUGUCGUCAUCUAGCUCUAAUAACGAUUCAAUGGAGAUGAUUCCUGAGCAGAAUGGGGACAUGGGAUACCCAACUUUAACACCAUUGGGGAAGGGAAGCAAGGGAAGGACAGGUCUGCUAAGUAGAGGGAAGCAUUCCAUUGGAAAAAUCAUUAACAAGGCUGCUAGGAUUGGUGGUUUCAAACAAACUACUGCAGAGCCUAAAGUUGACAGAGAGACAGUAAAUCAUACUGAAUCAGUUGCACCUGUAUUGGAGCCUGAGGAAUCAAAGGAAGUUGCUUCCUUCAGUAGUUUGCCAAUUAUGUCGGAACCAUCUGUUCUAUUGUCAGAAAUGAUGCAAUCGAUUCUUUAUGCCUCUCUCCCUGUUCUUGCCCAGGGAAGGAACUGGGUCUUGCUAUACAGCACAUGGAGGCAUGGCAUAUCUUUAUCUACUUUAUAUAGAAGGAGCAUGCUUUGCCCUGGUUACUCACUUUUGGUAGUUGGGGAUAAAAAAGGGACUGUUUUUGGUGGUUUAGUAGAGGCCCCAUUGCAGCCAACCAGUGCCAAGAAGUAUCAGGGGACCAAUAAUUGCUUUGUUUUCACUAAUCUGCACAACCGCCCUGUUAUAUAUCGGCCAACCGGUGCAAAUAACUAUUUCACCAUGUGCGCCACCGACUAUUUGGCUCUCGGAGGAGGAGGUCAUUUCGCACUUUAUCUAGAUGGAGACCUUUUGAGUGGUUCAAGUUCCAAUUCAGAGACUUUUAACAACGAGUGCUUAUCACAUUCCCCGGACUUCGCAGUGAAAAAUGUUGAGCUGUGGGGCUUCGUCUAUCCGUCCAAGUACGAGGAAAUGCUUACACUCUGCCGAACUGAGAAGCAGGGAAUUUGUCGAUGGUGAUCGUCCGAUAGUUUGAGCUGCCGACCAUAGGCAUGUUACAUCUGUACAGUUUUAUUAGGCUUUGUGAGUUGACAUAAUUUUUGUGAGCAGGACCCAAGUAGUGCAGUGCUGGGAGAUGCUUUUCUCAAGCGAGUUCGCUCAGAUUUGUAAAUACUGUAAUUUUGUUGCUGCCACUUAGCGGAACAUGGACGUAGCGGUGUUUUUUUUC